AUGCGUUUCUAUGCCAAUGGCGAUGCUAAUAUUUUUUGGGAGUUCAAUUCUUGGAAUUUAUAUGCCCGCACACCAAACAAAUCGUGGAAGUCGAAGACGUCAAUGGAAUCUCCACAUAUUAUCUCAUAUUGGCGUGAUUUAAAGGGAGCGAAAAUGGAAAGUAUCAAACGAAAUGAUUUGCCUAUUAAAAAUUGGUCAAGUUCACGCAUACGUCCCGAAGCUUGCUUGCCCUUGUACUAUGGUGUAGGUCAACGUUUCAUAAGGCUGGAAAAAUCAUCACCUGCUGGUUUUAAAUGUACCGAGAUGCCUUUGAAUUUGCAAGAGGCUCGCGAAAUAAAAGGGCAUUAUAAACAAUUGGCCAAAGAAGAAAAACGUCGAAAGAAAGAACAGCAAAGUUUGGGAAAAAGUAAAAAACAGAAAAAUAGAUUUUUAAAAAAAUGA